AUGCCGGAAAAUGCCAAGCACGGCCCAAGACUCUCCUUUUCUCAAGAUUUUUGCCACUAUGAUUCCAUACCGAUCGAGCAAAGUCCAUUACGAACUCAUUCGGAACCUUCAACCCUCAACUUCGAUUUCUCCAUUCCCGGCGGCGUAAUCUCCGGUGAAUGCUCGUGGUCCGCCGAAGAUUUUUUCUCCGACGGAAAAAUACUCCCCACAGAAAUCAAAAAGGUACCCGAGAAAGAUGGAACCGGUUUGUAUACGAAUCCAAUCGGAGAUACUAAACCGGUUCUGGAAAUCGGAUUAACGGCGACGGGAGCCAUACGCAAUACGGUGCCGUUUCACGUUCCUUCUGAACCGUGUCGUCCCGGACCGGAAACGAAUCCAAUCAGAAAUGCUCAUGAAAUAGAAGAAAUCGAAGAAGAUGAAGAGAGACCCACUGUGAAUCCGUGUUGGGGGAUUAAGAAAAGAAGCGAACGUCUCAAUCCCGAAAUUGGGUUGCCAUUGCUUUCGGAUAACCCGACCGGUUCGAAUUAUAAACAGACAGAAACUAUGAAGCUCGAGGUUUCGUCUCCUUCUUCUUCUUCAAACUGUAGUUCUCAGAAACCGCUAUUGAGUAAGACGAGCCAUGGAGAUUACAGUAACGGCGGCAAUGGAGGAGGGAUUAACGUGAAUUCGUUUCUGGAUGUGUUUCCGGGAGGGAGUUUGUUUGGGUUGGGAUCGAUCAUUGUCGGUAGUGGAAGUGACAAGAACAAGAACAAGAAGAAGAAGAUAUCAGUAUUUUGUCAUUGGUAA